UAUGCGACUUACAAUGUUUAAUGUAUUUUCCGUCUCAUUCUGUAUGAUGUAAUGUGAUGUAUGUAUUGUAUUGUUGAUUGAUUUUGAUUGUAUCCCUAUCACACGAUUUCGUAAUCGUAAUUUGAUUUUCAUUCAUAUUAUUGUCAUUGUGACAUUGUCAAUUUGUCAUCGUAUUCGUAAUCUUUCUUAAUAGUUUAUCUCGUUUUUAUCUCCAAAAGUACAAUUCAAUCCUACUGAUUAUACAUUCUCUUUGGGUGUAUUUCUUAGUAUUAAUUUUAUAAUAUUUCUCUUUGCAUUUCCAAACCCACACUGAAAUGUCGACGGCCGGACAAGUGAUAAAAUGCAAAGCCGCAGUGGCCUGGGAGGCCGGGAAACCUCUUUCUAUCGAAGAAAUAGAAGUGGAUCCCCCCAAAGCUGGCGAAGUGAGAGUCAAGAUACUCGCGACCGGCGUCUGUCACACCGACGCGUAUACUUUAUCCGGUAAAGAUCCGGAGGGCGUGUUCCCGGUCAUUCUAGGCCACGAGGGCGGAGGGAUCGUAGAAAGUAUCGGGAAAGGAGUCACCACGGUGAAGCCGGGCGACCACGUGCUGCCGCUGUACGUUCCUCAGUGCAAGACUUGCAAGUUCUGCCUCAACCCCAAAACUAACCUAUGCCAAAAAGUUCGAGUCACUCAAGGUCAAGGUGUUAUGCCAGACGGUACGAAGCGCUUUCACUGCAAAGGACAAGACCUGUUUCACUUCAUGGGAUGCUCUACAUUCAGUGAAUACACAGUCGUUCUAGAAAUAUCCCUGUGCAAGAUCGCCGACGUAGCUCCUCUAGAUAAGGUAUGUUUGCUGGGCUGCGGUAUUACAACCGGAUAUGGUGCAGCGCUAAACACCGCUAAAGUGGAAGCUGGCUCUAACUGCGCUAUCUUUGGCCUUGGAGCCGUCGGUCUAGCUGUCGCUCUGGGCUGCAAAGUGGCCGGUGCUAAACGUAUAAUCGGCGUGGACAUCAACCCGGACAAGUUUGAAAUUGCCAAGAAAUUUGGCAUCAACGAAUUUGUGAACCCCAAAGACUACGAUAAACCCAUACAGCAGGUACUUGUGGAUUUGACUGACGGUGGAUUGGAUUAUACUUUUGAAUGCAUUGGAAACGUGAACACUAUGCGUGCAGCUUUGGAGGCAGCUCACAAAGGGUGGGGAGAGUCUGUAAUCAUUGGUGUGGCAGGCGCCGGAGAGGAAAUCAGUACACGUCCAUUCCAACUGGUGACUGGCCGCGUGUGGAAGGGUACAGCCUUCGGAGGGUACAAAAGCAGAGACAGUGUACCCAAACUAGUAGACGACUACCUCAAUAAGAAACUACCGCUUGAUGAUUUUGUUACUCACAAACUGCCGUUGGAUGAAAUCAAUGAGGCAUUCCACUUGAUGCACAUCGGCAAAGCCAUCCGUGCUGUCAUCCAGUUCUAAAUGAGAAGAUAUUUUCAGAUAUUUUGAUCUAUAUAUGUAAUUGUUUAAGCAUUAUAUUAUAUUGUAUGCCAUGUUCUAUCAUGUAAAACUAGAUUUGUUGGUUUAAUAUAAUAAUGGUUUCUAUAAA